CUUACGCAGUUGUGUUUGCGAGUGCAGUACUCCCAAACUGGGUUAUUUGAAUUAGAUGUGGAUGGUUCAUUAAAACGCAUUCCUGGGCGACUAAUUUUAGUUGGCUGCGUUAAGUGGUAUUGAAAGUUAAGAAUAAAGCCUAGAAAUGGCUUUCUUUUGGCUUUUUGGUGCCCUGCUCGUGUGUCUAAACGGAGUCAGUGCCGAAACAGAUGUGGUCAUUGCUCACCCCUCUGCGGUCAUCAAUGAGUCCUCUGCCGUUCUCACGUGUAACCUCACCAACCCAACGUUUGAAGUCAAGAAGCACUACUGGGCCAAGAACGGAAAAGCGAUUGAAAACACCAAGGAGGACUCUUCAGCCACAGUCAUUGAGCUCACGUUGGAGAAAAUUGAACCCAUCACUGGGGGCCUCUAUGACUGUGUCUUUGUUAAAGAAGACGGGUCUGAAGUUAAAAAUACUGUGGAAGUAAAAACUUCUCCUCAUGUUUAUACAUACAAACACUCCGAGCAUGGCAACGAGGGGGACAAAGGAGUGCUUUCAUGUGGAAGCCACGGCUACCCGCUCCCGAUUGACUGGAAAUGGUUCAAGAUGAGUGAAGACGGCACAAAAGUGGCUAUCCUCAAUGGCACCGAUAAAUACGACAUCCAGAGCACUCCAGAGAAGACAACUCUAUACAUCCUGGACCUGGACAUCGAGAAGGACGUGGGUCACUACAGGUGCUUGGGAGAGAACGGCUUUGGCGUCGCGGACAAAGAGAUCCAGCUGCGUGUGCGCAGUCGGCUGGCCGCCCUCUGGCCUUUCCUGGGCAUCGUGGUGGAAGUCAUCAUCCUCAUCGCCAUCAUCUUCAUCUACGAGAAGAGGAGAAAGCCAGACGAGAUCAACGACGAUGAUGAUUCAGGAGCUGCACCCCUGAAAAACGAUUCUGCCACCAACCACAAAGACAAAAAUGUUCGGCAGAGGAACUCCAAUUGAGAGAGAGAGACGGUAACCUGAUUACUGUCCCAGAUAGCUGAGUGGUGCAUUGAUCAGUCCAGUGUACCCAAUACUUAUUUUUUUGGCUUGUGGGUACAUUUUUCCUGCUGAGACUGAAGGGUUUUCGUACCUUCAGUUUGCUUCUCACUGUCUCUCCUUUGUGGACGUGGCUCCUCAAGCGGUCAGGAAUGUGGUGGACCGAAGUGAAGUCUGUUUGGCAAGAGAUGCAUGGUCCUCUUGUUGCCUUUUUGAAAUUAGUGAGUUCGUGUUGAAAUGUUUCAUUUUAUCCUGUUUGUUUGAGAAUGCUGGAGGGGCUGUUACACGGCUUUGCUGUUUUCUUCCUGGUCUCUUUGUCAUCCCCCAUGGUUUCUGUCCACGCCUCUAUCACUGCCGACCCCACAGUCUAGUCUUUGAACCCGGGAAUGCCGUUUAAAUGUCUCUUACUGGCAGAACGCAUUUCAUGACUGGAUUCAAAGGCUGUGAACCGGCCAAAACGCCUUAGGGACUUAAAAGCUUAGGCACUGCCAGUUUGCCUUUCUGCAGGUCUGUUUAUUAAUGAUAGCAUUUUUAUUUCAGUGUAUUUUGAGAUGAAAUACAUCACCCAUGAUAAUGCCUACAUUAAUAGACAUAUUUUUUGUACAUAAUAACUCUAUGGUGACUGUUGGAGGAGGGGACAGUCAUUACAUUAAUAUUUUUGGGUAGCUGUCACUGCUUUUGUGUAAUUUAGGAAAUAACUCAUGAGAAAAUAUUCUGAAAUUUGUGUCAUAUCAACUUCUUUCUAUGCUUCUAGUGCCGUAAUUUAAUAUAUUUCCUGAUCCUGAUAGUAGGACCAAGCGUAAAACAAAUUUGACCUUUUUUUCACCUUUUUUUGUAGAGUCCAGGGGUUGUAGAUAAACUAGAUGAAAGGAGUUUUUAAUUGAAAUUAAAAAAUAAAAAUGUGGUGGUGUAUUGUUGCAGGAAAGCCAAUAAACAGUGUCUCAGUUGUGUAAGAGUUAAGUUAAAUUUAGGGGAAAACAAAGGUUGUUGGGCAUCCUUGGUGUUCACGUUUUAGACAUCAUUU